UUUCCGUGUCGCUCUAGUAAACAAGUACAAUUAAGAAUAAAAAUCGUCGUCACACUAUUCCUAGUGCCGUCUGAAUGCAUCUGAGAAUAAUAAUGAACUUGGGUGACUUACUGCUCGUCUGUUUUUCGAAAUGGCGGAAUGGCCGUGUCUGCACGAAUCGCAAUUGAGGGUACGUCGGGUACGUUUAUAAAAGCAUAAAGUAAAAUCACAUUUUAAAUUUCCUUGACAAUUGGCGAGAGACGAGGAUGCAUUGUUGCACGUCAGUGACAGGAUGUUAUCAUCGUCACAAGAACGAUUUAACCUUUAUGAACGUCCUCAAGAAAUACACUAUCAACGAGGACAUCGUACUGAACUAUGUUCUGCAUGAGAAUGCUCAAACUUCGACUAAGGAUUGGAUUGGAAUUUUUCCAAGAGGCUGGACGAACCUUCAGCAGUAUCUAACCUUCGAAUAUGCUUUGGUGGCACCGAGAGAAGCUUCGUUGCCAAAUCGCAGUAUUUUAUUUCUUCACACGUUUCAUCAAGAGGCAUCCCCGAACGUGGAUUAUCAGUUCGUUUACGUGAGCAAACAAAUUCAAAUCCUGGGAACAAGUUCUUAUUUCAGAUUCACACUGUCACCGGAUAGUCAUCAAUUUGGAAAUAAUUACUCUAAUAAAAAAUGGGAGAAACAUAUGAGACUCGCCGGAUAUCCUCCUGCUCAGGUAAUGUCCGAUGAUUCCAUGAACAAGUCGUACCAGCAGGAAUCGUCAGUGAAUUUGAACGGGACUUUGUCAUCGCACAGCGCUGGAGCCGUGUCUUGUCUUCGAUCAAGGACCAAUGGGAUCAAGAUGGGAAUGGACAGUCGUAUUGGUCCUCGUAGGAUUUGCCAAAAUUGUGAGAAACCAAUGGAUCAUUCGAAAUUGGCCCUGGGUCGGGCUCGGUCUUUGGUGUCUCACAACUCACUGGUUGCUCGUGUCGCCAGAUUAGAAAGAGAUUUGGAAUUGGCUGAAGGUUCUGUAAAACAUGCGCGAAUGGCACGUGCCAAUCUUACCAAUCGAUUGAGAGCAUACGAGUCCUUCGUCACGGAAAUGUUGAAAUCUUUGGCACUCAAGGGAAUCGUGAAGAUUAUGGAUGCUCAGGGAAAGGAGAUUAUACUGAAGCGAGUGAAUACUCGGAAUCUCAGUGAAAAUCCGGAAGCGGACAUUAACUUAAGAAAUGAGUCGGGAGUCCUUGAAGGACAGGAGCAAAGUAACGGGAAUACUAUUACAGAUGAGAAUCGCAAGGAUUUAAUUAUUGAUUCUUUGCAUAUCGAGGAACAGUCUUCGCAGAUUUUAAAUUCUGGAAUUGAAAAGUUUGUUCAACAUGGGGAAUGUGUUGAUGAAAAAUCCCAGACCACUGCCGACAUCAGGACGCAGACUGCAAAAAUGACCUGUGACAAGUAUACGGAGAUGGACAAGGGACUUGAAUUUCCUGAAGGAAUAUCAGAAGACAAAAAUAAUGAAAGAGACGAUAUUCAGCCAAUCAAAGAUAAAAUUUCCUUUGAAAAAAAUGACGAGAAUCCGAAAGAGAGGGAAUCAAAGGAAUCAAGGUCAAAUUUGUCUGAUAAUCCCGAAAAUUGUCAUCAGGAAGAUAUCAGACGUACGAGUGAUGGGGUGAAGAUUUGUGAACUUAAAAAAAAAUAUAGUUUUUUUCCAGCAUCCGCUGUUUGCAUUGAGCACGAUCAAAGGGACGUAAUGAGAGAAGAGCAAUUUUUAAUUCGUGCUGUUCAAAGUCUGACUGAAAAUCAAAGAGAGAACGAAGACUCGUUAGAAAUUUUGCCCAGCGUUGAUACUUUGGUAAAACCAUCAGCUAUCGUGCUUCGGGAUGGUAAUAUGAAAUUUGCUAUUAUAAGAUACUGAGAAUUUAAGAUAACACGAUAAAUCGAUUUACUGAUAGCGAAAAGAAUCAGCUUAAUCUAAGGGUGCUGCAUUAUCAUCGCAACGUUUCUGCUUUUUCGCAAAGACCAAUAAACAAUUUCGCAAUAA